GUGAGGUAGUAGAAGGGGGUCGGUGUCUGUCGCUAUGGUAACUCAUCGCCCAGCUGCGGGACAAGUCGGAGAGACCCUCAGAUAAUUAGUGCAAUGUCUGGACAGCAGCCGCAGCCGGAAUACCAAUCCUCUGGUAACCAGAAGUACUUCUGGAAAUGUUUAUCUGAAUUGCCGGGAGAAGUUUCAACCAGCUUGUUUGUACUAUCGGGAUACAAUAAUGUGUAGCCAUUGAUGGUUUAUAUUAAUCGGACCGGCGCUUCCAUCGGACGAGAUUACUGCACCAGCUGUGGAAAUAUUAGAGUGUAAAACUGGUUAUUUUUCAAAUUGGAAAGUUGAUUUGUCGCUUCCUUUCCAGAAAAUUUGAGAACCCCCAAUAGGAAAUCUUCGAAGAGGGUCAGUCCGGCACCUGAUUUCAGAUGCUCAUUCCAGUGAAAAGAAAUUAUUAACAGAGGAACUGGUUCAAAUGAAGAAACUGAAGGAAGUUGCCAACCAGGAUAUGGCUUACAAGAAACAGGAGCUGGAAACUACUAUUGCUGCUGUAACAGAUGAAGCCCAUCAAGUCCGGUCACACAAAAUGCAGCUUAAUCAGCAUGUUGACAAGCACCAGGCUGCAGAGGUUAAGCUUGAAGAAAAGACAUCGGAGUUAUUAAAGACUCAUGUUGCCCUUCAUCAACUUGAAGAGAACUACUACACCAGAACUGCAUUAAUGCAAGAAAACAUUGCCAAAGAACUGAGGGAUGAAAUCAGCAGUUUACAACAAAAGCUGAGGGACAAAGAGUUGUUGGUGGAGGAAGACAAGUUUCUCAGAAACAAAGUGGCUGAGGACUGUGGUCGCUUGAUAAAGGAAAAUGCCCUUUUGCACUCUCAUGUACUGGAACUAACUAAAGAGCUGGAAAGGGUUCAAGCACUUAGUGAUGAGAAGAAUUCUAAGCAUUCAACCAAUGUCAUGCAGUUGACUUCUCUCAAAGAGCAAGAGACACAGCUUGAAAUGGAAUUGUCUCAUUUAAAGAGAAUGAUGAAGGAAGAGGAGAAGAAGGUUUUCACUGCUAUGGAACAGUUGCAGCAUCUAGAACAAGGGAAAAGCUCCGUCAAACUGAAUGGAUUGUCACUCUGGAAUCAACUGGCUGCACUGGAGAAUUGCCAAUCUAAUAUUAAGCUGGAAAACACCCAGUUAAAGAGAGAGAAAGCCAGUCUAGUUGAGCAUAUCUCUGAAUUAAAGAAACAGAUUUUUGAAAAAGAUGAUGAAAUUCUUCUCAUGAAAGGACAUAUUCAUAGACUGGCUCAGGAUCUAAACCAUCUGAAAUCCCAACUCAAGAUGGAAAGAUCCCUGCAUUCAGACAGUUGGGAAGAGAUUUCUAGCAUUGCUGAUACCAUGAAACAAGUAGCAAAUACAAUGAACAAAAGGAAUGUAAACCAUACUUCAAAACAUUUCUAAUUUUACAGAACAAUUGUAUGGAGUGAUCUUUGUGUAAAGUCUGAAAAAUCAGUUGCCGGUGGGUGCAUGCGGGCAAUGUAGUAUUCAAUCCUGAGACUCAAUGAAGAGGAGUAACUGGUAUAAACAUUUCCAAAUUUGCAGCAUACAUAUUAAGGUGAUUUUUAAAAUAGUGUUUCAUAUCAAGAAAGAUCAAAUAAAACUUUUCCAAACACAGAAAUAUGUCAAAUUUAAAAACUGUAAAUUCAACACGGUUUAGUUGAGCAAUAAAUACUUGGUAAUUUACUGCCCGGGACAUGGCAAAUAACUGAUCUGAAGUUUUAAAUAGUUUGUGAGAUCAUAUAGCUAUACUAUGUAAACUGUCAUUUUUAGUACUGGGAUUGAAAGAAAUAUUUGCAAAAGCAGGAAAAAUAAUUCAAAGUAUUGCUCUGAUUUUGAGAAUUUCAUUACAUUGUUGAUAGCUUCCAACCCAGUAUCUUUUCCAUCACAAGGUUUUACUGCUUUUACCUCUUAUGUGGAGGUGCUGGUUUCAGACCAGUGUGGACAAAGUCAGAAGUCACACAACACCAGAUUAUAAUCCAACAGGUUUAUUUGAAAUCACAAGCUUUCAGAGCAGAGAGAUAGUAGGGACUGCCAAUGUUGGAGAAUCUGAGAUAGCAAG